UCAUUGCCCCUUUCCAACUCUGUCUCGUAUAUUAGUUUUGCACAGAACCUACCUCCCCCCCUUCGGAUUGUAAUGGUACAGGCGGUAACUAUGGUUUCCAGUACACACUGCCCAUUUCUCGCCUGGACACUGAAGUGGCUCAGACCAUUGGAGGGAGGGAGGGGACUGGCAGUGAUUGAGGAGGCGACACAAGAUGGCGGCUGCAUUGCACCAUAUGGGCUGCUCUUUGCCUGACUUUCCGAGCGCCCACGAUGGCGACGUCACGUUUGUGAUUGGCACGUUGGAUGGAGAUCCGGUGAAGUUCAAUCUCCUGAAGGAAUACGUCUCUAAAGCGCUGUAUAACCUGGCUAAUGGCUUCCCCCCCUCCUCUUUCAGCUUGAUCCAUGUCUCCCACAAGAUUACCCGCUGGUGUGACCACGCUGUGACUUGUACCCCAGAGACCGUCUCCCAAGCCCUUUCCUGGGUUCACACCUUAGAGAACGAAUCCAACGACCUCCUCACAGAAGCUCUCGCUGCAGCCUUCGAGGGCACGGCGUGUCACACUGUGUAUCUGGUGAUCGACUCCCUCCCAGGCCGUGUGUUACAGGAAAUCUACAGUGUGACGGCCAGACACCGAGCUGCCCCCUCCGUCUGUGUGGUUUAUUUACUGGGGGAACCGUAUAGCAGCCAGGUGCAGGGCUCCUUCAGAAUGAUUCGCCUGCAUCCCUCCCGCCCUGCACUGGAGGUCACCAAUCAUUGCAGCCUUCUAAGACCCUCCUGCUGUAGUGCACCUUGUGCCUCCUCUCUUCUCCCACCUUCGGUUCACUCAGAGGUCCGAAUUCCACCAGUCAGAUGCAGUUUUACGACGAAAGAGCCGCCAAUCACACGUCUGGCAAAGGAAGAUAAUCGGAGCCCUUGCCCCGAAGCUGUGAGUCUUUUAAGAGGAGCCCGAGUCCUGGCACGGAGAGACACAGAUGGCUACUAUUACCUGGGCCACAUUGCCCAUGAGGUGGAGGGCUCAGAGGGCCAUUUCCUAAUUGAAUUCGAGAAAUGCCGCUUGCUGAAAGGCAAAGCCCAGUUCCGCAUGCAGGAGACCCCAGUCUGCGACAUUGUCCACUAUGAAGACGCCCGGUGGAGGCCGUUAGCGCCCGGCGACCAUGUCCUGGCUCCCCUGGAAUCCAACAUGGAGCAGUACGGCCCGGGCACGGUCCUGCAGGGAACGGAGAGCCGCGAUUGCCAUGGUUUAGCCUAUGAGAGCAGUGGGGUUCUAGUCACAUUCUGGAACGGAAAGACCAAGCGGAUUCCCCCUGGACUAGCGGUUUGGAUCUCACAGCACCUGAGCGACCGCAUCACGUUAGAGCUCCACGUGCCGCCGGAUAUCCGGAAGAAGUUUGCAGAAUCCCUUCCCGGGUACCCCUUCCUAUCCCUGCCCAGCCCAAGCCAAGAGAUGCCCAGUCCUGCCUGUGCCUCGGGCUCUCAGGCUUGCAUGUACUGUGGCCCCAAGCAGGGCUUGUGUAAGAGAUGCUGCGAGCUGGAUGAGCACUGGGCCACCAUACGGAAAUCUCUGGGUGAGAUCAGCAAAAUGGCCAAGGAGAGAACAAACCCAAAGCGGGAGAAACAAGAUGCCCAGUUACACAUGCCCAAUCCUAAGGAAAGGGGCGGUGCCAGUAGGAGGGGCCUAAGGGAAACCAGACAGAAGCAUAAAGCAGAGAGUCUCAGUCCAGUUCUCAAGGAGAAUGGGACGUGCGUUAGAGACAAUCUGCCCAAAAGUGCUCCAGUAAAAUCUAAAGAGGCGAGCACCAUCACAUCCACUUACAAACCUUUAUCCCGCCGGCCUGGGAACAGGACCCUUCUGCAGGAAACUCUGCACAGCAUUAAUAAGGCCAUGAAAGAGGAUCAAUUGGCCCUGGAAGCUGCAAUACGAGAGCGCAGGCCUCGCACAGUUCCGUUGGUCCAGAGCCACGAACUGUACUCCCAAAGGACCCAGGAAGUAGUAGAGAGGAAGGAAGGGGCUAAAGUGGAUCUCUGGAGGAUGGAAGCAGAGCAGAGACAAAGGAGGAGAGAGGAGAAGAUCCAGGAGAUGGAGCAGAGGGAGGAGAUGAUGCAGGAAGGCAGAAGGUUUCGGUCAGAGAAAAGAAUCCAGCUGGACCUGGAGAGGAAGCAGGAUGAGGUGGGGCUAGAGGCGCAGCGGGCGGAGUCCCGAAGGGCAGCCGCUAAGGGGCGGAGCAUAAAGCAGGAAGCGGCACUGGAGACUGAGCGCAGGAAAGAGGAUCAGAGAGUCCAGUUCUGGACCGAGCACCGACAGCAGAGAGAGGAGCUGGACCAGGAAAGGGCACUCAGAAGCAUGGAGCAGGAGGGGAAUCGUCAGAGGCUGCUGCAGAGCAGGAGAGAAGCGCAGGAGCGGAGGGCAGAGUCCGAUAUCCAGGAACAGCACCGACAGCAGCAGCUACAGGAGGGCACCAAGCGGAGGGUCUCCAAGAGACUGGAGCAGUUCUACCGCAAAGUGGAGCAGGAAUCUCAGAGGGACCUGGAGAUGCUGAAGCAGCUGAAGGAGCACAAUCUGCAGACUCUACACUCGGCCAUCGUCCAAUAGGGAGCAGGGAGAUGUGUGAGGGAAUAACGGAUCUACUACCCCCAUACAGACCUGGGUGAUGAGCACCUGAGGCAUCGGCCAAAACUGAAUUCACUCGGUGCUAAGGCCGACUUAAAGGGCCGCCGUGACUUAUUUUAAUCGCAUAAACGUGUUUUUUUAUCAUAAUCACAAUAUUCAGGGAUUUGCAGUGUUAUCAUUAAUACAGUUUGCAGUUGGUCUUCAUUUAUUAA